AUGUGGCAGGCAAGCAAUGUCUAUGCCAUCUGUGGCUUUGCCGCCAUUGGCGGUGGUCUAUUCGGAUUCGACAUCUCUUCCAUGUCUGGCGUCCUCGGCACCGAGGCUUAUCGCCAGUACUUCGACCACCCAACCGAGUACCGCCAGGGUGGCAUCACUGCCUCCAUGCCUGUUGGCUCUCUCUUGGGUGCUCUUUUUUCUUCCUUUAUCGCCGAUCGUUUCUCUCGGAAGGUUUCUCUGCAAAUCGCCUGUAUCUUCUGGAUCAUCGGUGCUACAUUUCAGUGUGCCGCCAACGGUGUGGCUCUACUCUGCGUGGGCCGCAUUGUUGCCGGCUACUGCGUCGGUAUAUGCUCAGCCAUCGUCCCUGUCUACCAGUCCGAGAUUGCUCCUAAAGAGAUUCGUGGCCGCGUCGUAUCGCUGCAGCAGUGGGCCAUUACUUGGGGUAUUCUGAUUCAGUACUUCAUCCAGUAUGGUGCGGCCGAGGGCACAGAUGGUGGUCCGACCGAUCCCGAGCAGUCAACCGCCGCUUUCCGUAUUCCCUGGGGUGUCCAGAUGGUGCCUGGCGUCAUCCUCUUCUUCGGCCUAUUUUUCUGCCCCUACAGUCCACGGUGGCUCGCGUCGAAGGAUCGCUGGGAAGAGGCAAUGAAGGUUCUCGUCCAUGUCCAUGGAAAGGGCAAUCCCGAUGACCCCAAAGUCCUCGCUCAGUAUCAAGAAAUCGAGGAGGCUCUACGCUUCGAACGUGAGCAGGCUGUUACAAGCUUCAAGGCGCUCGUCGCUCCAAGAAUGUUCAAGCGCGUGCUUCUGGGCAUGAGUUUGCAGGCUUGGUCGCAGCUUUGCGGAAUGAACAUUAUGAUGUGUAAGUUCGAGGCAUAUCGACGAUGGAGAGUAUCAGCACUAACAACCCCAGAUUACAUCGUCUACAUCAUGCAAGGCGCUGGCCUUGGCAACCCUCUUCUGACAGCUUCGGUACAGUAUAUCAUCAACGUUGCCCUUACCCUUCCCGCUAUUAUCUUCCUCGACAAGUGGGGUCGCCGCCUAUGGCGAGCCGAACACGGAUGA